UUUGAGCUUUUUGUCUUCUAUAAAAUCUUGUCGGACUAGUUCGGGGCUCUCUAGCACCACUUUCCCAGUCUCACUCCCGCUUCCACGGUUCCACCAAAUGCAAAUCCUCCAAGUUCCGAAUUUCUUUACCUUCCCUAAAACCCUGAACCCUACCUCCAAGGCGCAACACCACCGUACAUGUCUUCCUCUCCAACCCAACUCGCUAAUUUUCUUCUCCAACCCCACAAGACCUUCCACCUUCACAGCCAGCUGCCUCGCCUCCGAUGAGUUCCCCGUCGAUGAGACCUUCAUCCAGAAAUUUGGCCCCAAAGACAGAGAAACUGAAGACGAAGCGCGAACGCGCAACUGGGUCGAGCGCGGCUGGGCCCCCUGGGAAGAAAUCCUCACCCCUGAAGCGGAUUUCGCCCGGAAAAGCUUGAACGAAGGCGAAGAAGUCCCUCUCCAAAGCCCAGAAGCCAUCGAAGCGUUCAAAAUGCUCAAACCUAGUUACCGAAAGAAGAAGAUGGAGGCAAUGGGGCUGACCGAGGACGAUUAUUAUCGGAAACAGUUUGAGAUCAAGGGAGAUAUACCGGAGCCUCUGGAGACGGUGUGGGGGGCGCCGUUGGUGGUACAGCUCGUGCCGCCCCGGGAUUGGCCGCCGCGGGGUUGGGAGGUCGAUCGGAAGGAGCUAGAGUACAUAAGGGAAGCGCAUAAGCUGCAGGCUGUGAGGGUGGAGUUGGAGGACUUGGAGAAGGAGGUGAGGACGGAGACUGAGGACAUGUGUUUGGAUAGGUACAGGAUGUUCUUGAAGCAGUACAAUGAGUGGGUUGAGGCGAAUAAGGAUAGAUUGGAGGAGGAAUCUUAUAAGGAUGACCAAGAUUACUAUCCAGGUAGGAGGAAAAGAGGCAAGGACUACAAAGAGGGAAUGUAUGAGCUUCCAUUUUAUUCUCCAGGACAAAUUUGUUUAGGGAAAGUGACUACUUUGCACCUUUAUCAAGGAGCAUUCGUUGACAUUGGUGGUGUAUAUGAUGGGUGGGUUCCCAUAAAAGGUAAUGAUUGGUAUUGGAUUCGCCAUCACAUAAAAGUUGGUAUGCACGUCAUAGUUGAAAUUCUGGCAAAACGAGAUCCUUACCGUUUUCGGUUUCCCAUCGAAAUGCGAUUUGUCCAGCCAAACAUAGAUCACCUGAUCUUUAACAGAUUUGACUUUCCGCCUAUAUUUCAUCGUGAUGCUACUAAUCUAGAUGAGUUACGGCGUGAUAGUGGAAGACCUCCAGUUCCUAGAAAAGAUCCAGGAGACAAACCGGAAGAGGAACCUUUGUUGUCAAAUCAUCCUUAUGUUGAUAAGUUGUGGCAGAUACAUGUUGCUGAGCAAAUGAUUAUGGAUGAUUUGGAGGCUAAUCCUGAGAAAUACAAAGACAAAAAAUUAUCGGAGUUAUCCGAUGAUGAGGAUUUUGAUGAGGAAAACAGUGUUGUUUAUACUAAAGCCUAUUAUAAGAAAUCUUUAAUACCAAAAAUGAUUUUGAAAACAAGUGUAAAAGACCUUGACUUGGAGGCUGCCUUCGCUGAGCGUGAGUUCCAUAACAAACUAAGAAGGGAAGCAAAAGAAAGAGGAGAGGGAUACAAAAUUACCAAGCUUAGACGAAAUAUUGAAAUGGAUGAAUAUGACUUGAUACAUUGGCAUCGAUCAUUUGAGGAAAGAGAAGCUUUGAUCAGAGACAUCAGUUGCCGUCAAGCACUUGGUCUGCCAUUGGAAGAGCCGGGAAGGUACAAAGAUGCUAGUUUCUUUGGGAAGGAUAAGUAUGACCCUUCAAACCCUCUAUAUCGUUAUGACUACUGGGGAGAACCCAAGAACUCUGAGAAGAGCAGGCAAGAGCGGAUGACAGAUGCCCACAACAAAUCUAUUGUGGGUAAGGGUACUGUCUGGCACGAGAUGUCAUACGAAGACUGCAUCAAGCAGCAGAUGCAAAGAGAAGCCCGUGCCAAGGAAUUGGCUCAAGAAGAAACUCAUGAUGGCGCGUCAAAAGGAGGUCACGAUUAUGAAGAUGAUGAUGAUGAUGAAGAUGAUGACGACGACGACGACGAUUUUGAUUUCAGCAUUUUACAAGAAUAUAGUGGUAAUUCUUCAAAUCAACCUCAUGUUAAUGGGACUGAAUCUUCAAUAAUUUCAGAUGAGGGUAUAUUCGAGGAUUAAUUAGUGGCGUGGCAAAGCAUGGUUAAAGUGAAAAGUUAGUCAUAAACGCUUGCGAUCGUAGAAAUAGUUUAAGAUAUUUAAUUAAAAAUA